AUGGCCGUCGAACAAGGAGUUAACCAUAUAAAUGUUUCCGCAAAGAGACGCAAAAACGAGCUACGUCCUUACAAUAAAAUCCCUGUAUGGGUUUGUGAGUAUCAUCAGGAAGUUCUACCGUAUAUUUAUAGGGCGAUAGGUUCCAAACAUUUGCCAUAUUCAGGAAUAACUCUACUACAUUUCGACUCUCACCCUGAUCUUAUGGUUCCAUUUGAUAUGAAAGCGGAUAGUGUUUACGAGAAAGACUUUCUUUUUGAUGUGAUAAGCAUUGCAGAUUGGAUUAUACCUGCUGUUUAUGUUGGACAUAUUGGGAAAGUGAUUUGGAUAAAGCCACCUUGGGCAACACAAAUAGCAGACAAAACAUUGUGUUUUAAAGUAGGCAGACAUAGAACGGAGCGAACAAUAAGAGUUUCAUGCAAUGAGAAGUAUUUCUGCGAAGAUGGAUUGUUUUCUCCACAAAAUGAAUUAGAAAAUUCACAGGAAUUGACUUUACUCGUAAAAACAAUGCCUGUACGUGUUUUAGAUAUUACAAAUUUGAAUGCAUCCUCAUCUGAUGUAUCUUUAAAGAUCACAUGUGGUAAAACAGAACACAAAUGUGACACAAGUUCAAAUAAAGAAGAAAUACUUAAAAGAAACAUUGAUAUGUUUAUAAAUGACAUCCUGUCAAGCUUGGAAGUGCCCUAUAUAUUGGAUAUUGACAUGGAUUUCUUUUCAACAUUAAAUCCAUUCAGAUCCAUGUUUACCCAGGUUAGGAAAAAUGAAUUUCAAACGCUCGGAACUUUUUAUAAAUUCCCAGACGUCAAGUCAGGUGAGCUGCUGAAAGCCAGUCGUGCGUACAUUGUAAGCUACAAUACAGUAAUGGCUUGGGACAACGGCGCUUGGUGGCCUCUCUACGUUCCUCAGUGGUACAGUCCUAAGGUUUCUCGCCAUUUGUUUGAUCCUUACAGUUUUACACAUAUUUUACACGGCGUUGUUUUGUAUUACUUGUGGUUUCUACUCGGUUUCGGCCCGGAGUUUGGUGCCGUCGUCAUGUUUGUGUUUGAAUUUACUUGGGAGGUUGUUGAAAAUAGCGAUGCCGUUGUGGAACGUUAUCGCAGCACAAGUGGAACAUCAUCAGAAUAUAAAGGAGACAGUUUUCAGAACAUUAUUGGCGAUCUCAUAGCAUGCGAAAUUGGCUAUUUUAUUUCAUUUGUUUGUCAUGUAAUUCUUGGAAAGUUUUGGCUCAGCAUUGUCGUGUUUGUUGUCAUCGAGAUUAGUCUUCUGUUUUACAUGAGAGACAGUUUAACUCUAUUGAGAUUCGUGUAUUGCUUCUUCAAAACUUAUCUGCAAAACAUGAACAUUUUUCUAGCGCGAGCAAGCAAUUUAUGUUAUUUUAUAUUUAACAAGGACAUGAUGGAAGCUUCGCGUUUACACAAGGAAAAUGUGGACAGACUCGCGAGAUCUUUAAAACAGCUGGAGUCACUCGUGUCUUCAUCAUGUAAAAACGAUGAUGUCGAUGACAACUUCAUUGCAUUUAUUAAAGAAUGGAGAAAAUCACGAGAGGAUAUUAUCGAUUAUGAUAUGGUUCACUCGGCGGGCAUGACUGUAAACCUUCCUGUUCACGUUACUGAAAAAGAAGACAUUCUUAAAAUCAUCAAAGACAUGGAAAUCUUGCUGUGUUCAAUACCUAACCCUACCAUAAUCACAGUGGCAAGAUCCUCUGAUGAUGAUUACACUCCUCCAGAAUCAGUGGAGUUUAUUCAACAAUCGCUGAUUAAAUGUUUAGGGAGUUGUUUCAAAGAAAAUAUCGAGUUUCACUACGAAUAUUUGAAAGAGUAAAGUGUUUUCUGUUGGUGUGCAAUGAACGUAUAUCGCUCAAAACUGUUUUGAAAUGUAAAUCAUCUAAAUGAAUAUUGUCGGCGUAAUCUUUGUUGGUCAAUGAGUAUGACAUGGUUCUGAUCUGACUAUAUUGGUUAUAUUGGUUGUCUAUAAACAACAAUGAGCGAGUCUUUAUGAUAUUAUGAGACGUGAACAUGGAAAACUGAAAGUGAAAUGGACUGGUGUAUGUAUUUAUCAUCAGAAGGCUCUAUAAAGAGAAAUGAAAUUCUUCUUUAUUCAGAAAAUGCUUAAUUGUGUGUGUAUACAGGAGUGGAGUGUGAUGUAGGAGUGUCUUCAUAUAUACAUGACGCGUCGUAUUAUGUUCUUUUGAAAUCCGUUAUUAUCUGCGGAGAUAUGAAUACAAGCCUCUCCAACUGUCGUUCUACUUACGGCCCUGAAGGUGGAAUGUGCUAGAUAGCUAAGCAUAUAACUCGAAUCUACAUAUUAGAGAAAAAAAUCGUGGGCGCGCUGCACUUAAUGAAUACUAUGAGUACUCUUAAGCACCCUCGCUCAAGAGGAGAACUCCCCCUUUUCACUUUGUUGCUAUGGACUUAGUUGUAUAUUGCUACUUGUCUCUAUACUGUCGAAUUUCCCGUUUUGUUUAUUGAAAUCUCUGUAUUUCCCUUAUGUAUCCGACCUACGCAUUAGUUAUAUAAGGAUGAUGGUGCGAUUGAAAUGACCAUUCAUUUGAAUAAAAACGCCCAAAGCUUCGCCUAUUUUGGAUCGUAAAGGACAGUUUCAUACUUAUGUUAUUGUCAAGUGUAAGUUAUAUAAAUGGUGCUGCUUCCUUCGAAAUUGAUUGAACAAAUCGAUCGUUAUGGAGAACACAGUGUAUUUCAAUGUAUGGAAAUUGCUUAUAAGAAUGUAUUCAGAGAGGUAAGUAAAGUAACGAUUUGGCGGAACAGAUAAAAGCUGUAAGAAUGUCAUUGAAAAAUGUUUCAAUAGAAAUUUCA